AUGGAUGGCAUUGGUCCAAUAGAGCCAGCCACCUCUAACGGACACAGAUUCAUUUUGGUUGCCAUUAAUUACUUCACCAAGUGGGUAGAAGCAGCAUCGUACAAGUCAGUGACCAAGAAAGUUGUAGCCGAUUUUGUUCCCAACAAUCUGAUAUGUUAUCGAACGACUAUCAGUACAUCAGUUGGAGCUACUCCAUAUUUGCUAGUAUAUGGAACAGAGUUAACACUGAUUAACGAGAAAAGAAUGGUGGUUGCUUGUCAUGGUCAACUGUAUCGACAGAGAAUGAUUCGUGCUUUCCACAAGAAAGUAAGAGCCAGAAUGUUUGAAGUUGGUCAGUUGGUCCUCAAACGUAUUUUCCCUCAUCAGGAUGAGUACAAAGGGAAAUUCUCACCGAAUUGGCAAGGACCCUACAUGGUUCACAAAGUAUUAUCUAGAGGUGCCUUGGUCCUGUCGGAGAUGGAUGGCGCCGAAUGGCCGAAACCGAUCAACUCAGAUUCUAUCAAGAGAUACACGCGUGAAGUCUCAGUCUAUAAGCUCACCUCAGGAUCAGUAUCUUCCUCCAUUCAAUAA